AUGGCCAGUGAAAUUCAGCUUGCCAUGACUCCCAUAGAAGAAGAUGAGGAAAAGGCCGAUGAUGUUUCUAUUACAUCAGAAACCCAGCAAAGUAUUUCUUCUGACCAACCCUUCGAUACCCUGAACGAAGAAAAUGAAUAUGAUACAGAUUUGGAGAUGGAGAAGGAAGUAGACGAAUAUGAUGUCACUGGUCGUCAGCUUUAUAUAACCGCCUGCAAGCACCUAGCUAUCGUUCCCGUAAGUUACUUCCUUCAGCAUAUGCAAGAACCAACCUUAGUGAUGAAGUAUCACGGCCUGGGCCCCCUUGGGGUCAAAGCUGUGGCAUUGGCUCUACAGAUUAACACACAAGUUCUGUCGCUGGAUAUUGAAGGAAACUGGAUAGAAGGUAUAGGAGGUAAAUAUAUUGCCAACAUGUUAAAAGAUAAUAUUUACAUCACCGAGCUCAAUUUGGCUGACAAUAACUUGGGUUCUAAAGGCGUAGCCCCGAUAUGUGAUAUGCUCGCUGUCAACACCACGCUUCAAAAUUUGAACCUCUCUGGGAAUAACUUCACCGAUUCUGAUGCUAUGUAUUUUGUGGAAGCCUUGACAGAAAAUCGCCGUGUGCAGUUUCUGAACCUCAGUCAUAACCGUUUUGGAGAAAAGGGUGCUUUUUUGUUAGGACCUGCCAUUGCUGAAAAUGAAACUCUCGAAGAACUUGACUUGAGCUGGAACUGUUUAAGAAAAAGGGGUGCUAUUGAAAUUUGCGAUAGCAUUAAAAAUAAUGCUAGAUUAAAAACUGUUAAUCUUGCUUUUAACGGUCUGGGUAAAGAGGGUGGCCGUGCAGUUGCGGACAUAAUUAAAAGUAACAAUAUUAUAUUGGAUAUUGAUGUCUCUCACAACAGAAUUCCUGCUGAAGCGGCUUCCUUUAUCAGCAAAAGUUUAGAAGGAAACGAUACUCUGAAGGUUUUCAGAAUUACACACAACCCCCUUCGUCCAGGAGGAGCUAUGGACUUGCUCAAAGGUGUUGCACCGGACAGUAGUGUUUUAGAAGUCCUAGACAUGUCUGGAAUUGAAGUCGACAAAUCUUUCAUUGCUAUAAAUAUAAAUUACAUAUAA